ACAGCUCCCAGCCUUGGUGGAAUAAGUGAGACUAAUGAUUUCCAAAAACACACAGUAAAGCAACUCACAAAAUGAAGUUUGUUCCUGCUUUUCAGGGUGGAAGAGCGGUUGAUUAAAAGCACAAAGCUGACGGCAGGGCAAUGGCGGCCGGCUUGGAGCAGGGUGGAUAAACGGCACAACGGCAUUGCUGUCUCCACUUUAAAAAUAGCUCCCAUAAACAGCUCAUGUGUUCCUGCCCUCUUGAGGGGAUCUUUAUUUCCACUUGUGUCCUGGAGGAAAAAGUCACGGGUGUGGCUUUUACCCAAAUUUGAGACUUGUGUGGCGGCCUGAAAGCAGUGACAAGCACAAAAGAGGAAAUCUACAAAACACAACUGCCAUUUUAACCUAAUGGCAGAAGUUCUGUGAUAACAAGGAAUCUACUGAACAAAAACCUUCAGGUGGAAGUCGCUUCUUAGGAUCUUACCAAAGGAGUGCAAGGACAGAGUGCAAGGAUGGCUUCAUUAAUAUCGGAGAACUUUAAAUUCAUUGCGCUUUUCUUUAAAAGCAAAGAUGUGAUGAUCUUUAAUGGGCUGAUAGCACUGGGGACGGUUGCAAGCCAGGAGGUGUACAGCGUCUUUGCCUUUAGUUGCCCGUGCUCGCCAGAGCGAAACUACCUCUAUGGCCUGGCUGCCAUCGGUGUGCCUGCGCUGGUGUUAUUCCUUAUUGGUGUCAUGCUUAACAGGAAUACCUGGAACAUGGUCUCGGAAUGUCGUCUACGAGCGUGUAAGAACUUCUCAGCUGCUGCUGCCUUUGCCCUCUUGGCCUCCAUCGCAGGCAGGGCAUUGGUAGCUCCUUUGACAUGGUCGGUCAUAUCUCUUCUACGCGGAGAGCCCUACGUCUGUGCCCUGAGUGAGUUUGUCGAUACCACAUCUCUUAACAGUGUCUCCACAGGCCUAGAUGCAAGCGUUCUUGCUCAGCUGCCAUGUAAAGAGAUCAUUGGUGUGGAUACAAAAUUGAGAGAACAGGUUGUGAGGAGGCUCAAAUAUGAAUCUCAGCUUCUCGGAUGGCUGUUAGUAGGAACUACAGCCAUCACAAUCUUCUUGCUUAUGUGCCUUAAGCGCUGCUGCUCACCUUUGGGAUUUCACCAGGAGUCUUAUUGGUCCCAGUACCGUGACAAUGAGAAUGAGCUUUUCAGCCGCACUGCUGAUUUACAUGCAAAGAUUCUGGCAGCUACUAAUGUCAAGAGGUUUUUUGGCUUUGUGGCCUUGGAUAAAGAGGAGAAAGAAAUAGUGAAGGACUUUCAAGUCGAAGAUGCAACGCCAAGCCUGAGCUGGAACAAUAUCACCGGAGUAUACCUCUACCGGGAAAACAAAGGUAUUCCUCUUUACAGUCGCCUGCACAAGUGGGCCAAAGGAGUUAUGGACUCUGCCCUGGAUGAUAACAAGAAAGAAUCUGAUUUCUUUGCCAUUUGAUAAACGUUUUUUGUGUAAUUCUGUUGCAGAAAGAGUAGAAAACAUCAAUGUUGUUGUCUUCCUUCCAGUUGUGUAAGAACCCUGUGUCCCUUUAAAUUACAACUGCCUUAGAACCACUACCUCAUCACUUAUCAUUGUGCAGGGAAUCUGCAGCUCACUUGCAGAAAAUGUGAUUGUGCUGAGCGGAGUCAUUUUGAGUAUUAAAAAGAAGUUAUUAAUACAGAUGACACAAAAAGCAUCUUCACUGUUGUUAUUUUUAUUUUAAAUGUGUUUCAAGUUAAAAUAAUUAGGACGGGCACACCAACUACUAGAGAAAUCCAAAUUGACUGUGGCCCUUGUUGUUCUAGUAUAGAAUAUGGAUAUAAAAUGAAAGCGUGAUUAAUGGAGUUAUUUAGUUAUUUAAUAGACUGGCGUGAGUCUUAAAGAAUUUGUGAUCCUGAUACUUCAUUAUUCUAAUUUUAUUAACAAACAUCUUUACGUAAUGGCUUGAUGCUGAAGUACAAGAAUUCUCUGUAGUGUGACUCUUCAGCUGCAUGUCUGUUGUGUUGGGUUUUAUUCAUUUCAUU